AUGGAGCCUGAUCACACACUGGACCCAAUGUUGCCUGGUGGGCAGUAGGUGGGACUUUCGGCAUUUGUGUGGGAGCUCUCCAAUGAGACCCAGAGGAGGACAAGGCUACAACCUUCUGGUUUUCAUAACGCAUCUCCCUCCAGUAGGGUUGAGGUAUGGGCGGAGUUUGAUGAAACUAAAAUAAACACUGACACGCAGCAUCUUGUGAGUAUAAAGCAGAGACUUUCUUGGGAUUCACUCCUCAGUGUAGCCUCUGGCAAGAUGAUCAAAUCCUUCAAGCAAACGUUUCUGUCCCUGGACCUGCAGUCUCCUCGGUGGAACUCAGCAGAGAUGAUGGCAAAGGAUUAUGAACUGCGCCAGUAUGAGACGGCAAAGUGGGUCAGCACAGUCAUUAGGGGAGAGACGCAGGAGGCGGCAAUGCGCCAGGGCUUCUGGAAACUCUUCCACUACAUCCAAGGGAAGAAUGAGAAAGAGAUGAAAAUUGACAUGACUGUGCCAGUGACAUGCCUGAUAAAAUCUGGCUGCACAGACUUCAAGAUCUCUUUCUUUGUGCCGUUUGAACAUCAAGACUCUCCACCACAGCCCACUGACUUGGAUGUGUUUAUUGAAGAGCGGAAGGCAGCAGCCAUCUUUGUCCGAUCCUUCGGCGGAUUUGCCUCCCCAGAGAAAUAUGCUGAGGAAGCUGAAGUCUUGGCCAGAACCUUAAGAAACAGAGGCCAACCAUUUCAUGAAGACUUCUUCUAUACUGCAGGCUAUGACAGUCCCUUCAAGCUCUUUAACAGGCAAAAUGAAGUAUGGUAUUUUAAAAAGUAAUAUGGUGGGAGGGGAAUAUUAAGAGGCUACUAAUCAGCUCUGGAUGAAAACAGACCUUACUAAUGGCUUUUGCUUUAGUGCAGA